AUGGGUGGUUCUUCCAGCUCUGGCAUCUUUGCUUGCGUCUCCCCGCGAAUAGCGACAUUGGCAAUAGCGAUCCUCGGCAUCGUCAUCCACCUCAACACUUACUCUUGGCUCGGAUCACUCAAUUCGAUACUCCCCGAUGUGCCUGAGAGAGUUGUAGCGUCCGUACCUACAGCCUCGCUUCCAUUCAUACCGUUUGCAGACAGAUUUGCCCCUUCUGCAGCUAAAGCCGACCAGUCGUACGAUCUCGCAGCAGCAGCUACAGUAGCUGCUGCUGCCACCGCCACCACCACCUCCGACGUUCAAGGUUCAGCAAACAAGCACGUCUAUCUACCAGAAUGGAUCGCAGAAGCCAAAGCCUACCUGAAAGCGCAAGGGUUGUCCUAUGUACCAACCCAAGCUAGCACCAAAGCCGAAUCUUCCUCGAACAAUAAUGCUGCUGCUGAAAGCGCCAAAGCAAACGACGCCAUCACAUAUGGUCGAUAUAGCGACGUCUCUGAUGCUUUGCCGGCAGGCUUUCCGAUCGUUGACGACGGCGCAGAAGACCUCGAGCGCAUGCAGUGGGAUGCACUACGUCUCGUCAUCGGUACGCUGCGAUGGUACAUCCUCCUAAGCGUCGUCUGCUGCUGCGCUGGUGUGGUAGGCGUCUUGCGCUCUCAACUGCUACUCUCUCGACUUUUCGUCCUUCAUUCGUUCCUCGACUUUCUUCUCUCGACACUCUCGCUCUUUGCCCUAGCCCUCGUCUGCACCUAUCCCAGCGUUCGCGCACAUCUUUGCGACGAGUUUGGCUCGGGCGAGCUUCGAGGCUGGUUCUCGAGCUCGAAAUCGACUAGGGGAUCAAAUCUUGCCGUCAGCGACCGCGCACACUUGAGCGCCAACUUGGCUCAGACUGGAGGAUCGGCGUUGUCAGGCGGAUCUCCCGACGUGAACGUAGCAGCAUCAGGAUGGGACACUCUACUCGACGGUGUCUUCGCCUCAGAAAACUGCGAAGAGAGCUUCAGGACGACACUGGUGCCAUUAUUGAUGGUGUUUGGACUCUGCUUUACCGCUGUACGUCUGCAGUGCUUCUUUUUGGUACAGCGCUUCUAUGCAUCGUUACUAAGGACCAAGUUGUAUCACUAUGGUUAUGCCAUAAUGUCUGCAUCGGAAGAGUCGGGAGUAUAUGACUCCACGUCGCAGCUUCAUGGCGACUCUACGAGAGAGUGGAGAAGGAAAAAUACCAAGCUUGUUGAUUGA